UCAGCGGCGCGAUUACGAUGAACGCAUCCAUUUGUUUAAUGGGAGGGGUUGUGUAACCGUAUGAAAAGUCAGAAAACUUUCUUUCUACAUAAAUAUUUUCAGUAGUUCAGAGUUUCGCUUUGACUCUUUUCUACCCAGUGCCCUGUAAAGAUUCCCCGGACAGAGAGAUCGGUGAAAUGGCGAGCAAGAAGGCAGUUUUGUUCAAUCUGUGGGGUGUCGUGGUUUCUCCCAGACCCGCAGAAGCUUUCCUCAAAUUCGAAGAGACCCACAAACUCCCCAGUGGUUUUCUGGAGAAGCUGGUGACAAACGAGAACAGCGCCAUGCAACGUGCAGAGAGGGGCAAACUCUCCCUCUCUCAGAUGAUCCCAGAGCUUGAUGCAGAGUGUGUGAGUGCAGCAUCAGAUCAGAAGGUCAGUCUUCCUGCUGGGUUCUCUGUUAAGAGCCUGUUGGAGGAACUCAGAGACUCAACCACCGUCAACAAACACAUUCUGCAGACCGUAGCUACGCUCCGCAGACAAGGGUUAUUGACAGGUGUGUUGGCCAACCAGUGGGUGGAUGACAGUGGGUGUGGAGAUAGCUCUGGACGUCUCCUCUCUCUGCUGGGCGGCCAUUUUGAUGUGGUGCUUCAGUCCUGUCGUACCGGCCUCAGGGUCCCAGAGGCCGACCUGUUCAUCUCCGCUCUCAAACAGCUGGGAGUGCCUCCGAAACAGGCUCUGUGGUUGGCUGAUGAUGAGAAGGGGGUGGGAGCAGCAGAGGCAUUAGGGAUGACAGCUGUUUUGGUGAAAGACCUGCCUGAAGCUCUGAAACAAGUAGAGACCUUCACUGGAGUGCAGGUUGUAACAGGGGAAAGCUACCCAGCCUCUUGCAACCCAGAAGAAGUUUCUCAUGGAUAUGUCACCGUCAAGCCCGAUGUAAAGCUGCACUAUGUGGAGAUUGGGGCGGGGCCUCCGGUCAUGCUGUGUCAUGGCUUCCCUGAGAGCUGGUAUUCCUGGAGAUACCAGAUCCCAGCUCUGGCAGAUGCAGGGUUUAGAGUGGUUUCUCUGGACAUGAAGGGCUAUGGACAGUCUACAGCUCCACCAGAUAUAGAGGAGUACUCACAGGAACAGAUCUGCCAGGAUCUUGUGACUUUCAUGGAUAUAAUGGGUAUUCCCCAGGUGACUCUGGUUGGUCAUGAUUGGGGUGGAUCUGUGGUGUGGAACAUGGCCCAGUGUCAUCCAGAGAGAGUCAGAGCGGUAGCUUCUCUGAACACCCCUCUGUUCCCUGUGGACCCCUCCAAGGAUCCAAUGGACUUCCUGAAGACUGUACCCAUCUUUAACUACCAACUCUACUUCCAGAAUCCCGGUGUAGCUGAGGCUGAGAUGGAGAAAGAUCUGGCAAGGACCUUCAAGAUCUUCUUCCAUGGCAGUGGAGAUGAGGAUAAUGUUCCUACUAUCAACACUGCUGGAGUUUGUGCCAGAGGUGGUCUGUUCGUAGGACUACCAGACGAGAUACCCAGGAGUUCUAUCCUCAGUGAGACUGCUCUGCAGUUCUACAUCACUCAGUUCAAAGACAAGGGAUUCAGAGGGCCGCUGAACUGGUACCGUAAUGUUGUGAGCAACUGGAAAUGGCUUUGCUCCCGACCCAGAGCUAAGCUCUUGAUGCCAGCUCUCAUGGUGACCGCGGGUAAAGAUCCUGUUCUGCUGCCUGUCUUCUCCAGGGGAAUGGAAAACAUGAUCCCCAACCUCACCAGAGGACACAUUGAGGAGUGUGGACACUGGACCCAGAUGGAAAGGUCACUCUCUGUCAGGUCACUCUCUCACUCUCUGUCAGGUUACUCUCUGUCAGGUCACUCUCUCACUCUCUGUCAGGUCUCUGUCAGGUCACUCUCUGUCUUCAAGACUGAGCAGCUGUGGGUGUGACAGGUCACUCUCUGUCAGGUCACUCUCUCACUCUCUGUCAGGUUACUCUCUUGUUAGGUCACUCUCUUGUUAGGUCACCUGACACAAACCAGUAGGCGAUGGUGUUAGGACUUGACUGUGGAUCAAUACCACCAAUGUUUCUAGACCCACUGGGACCACUGAUGCACAGCGAGGAGGGGCCGCGUGAUCCAACAACUUUUUAUAUUUAUGCUUCAGAAAAUGUUAUUGCAGAUGAAUUUUCCAGCUUUCCUCCACGAUGCUAUACACACAUUCAUAACACAUUCAUAACACAUUCAUAACACACAUUCAUAACAACACACUUAUUAACAUAAGGAAAGAAGGGCGUUGAAGAUGCAAUGAUAUUUGUAAAUAAAUGCCUUCCUUUAU